GCUGAGGGCGGGGACGGCGGGCGGGCCGCGACUCUGGGGAGGGCGGCGGCGCCGAGGGGAGGAGACCGGCCCAUGGACCCGCGGGGCCCGGCGUCCCAGACUCCGUGCCGCCGGGACGGAGCCCAAGAUGUCGGCCUAGGCCGGGACGCGACGAAGCGGACGGGGCGGCGACUGGACGCCGCUGCUACCGGGGCUCGCGGCCGCCUGGCCCACGAGGACUGGCCCUGACUCCUGGACGCACGGGCGGCGAGAGGCCGGCGCGUGGGGAGCGGGCCGCGCAGCACCAUGUCGGCCAAGGUGCGGCUCAAGAAGCUGGAGCAGCUGCUCCUGGACGGGCCGUGGCGCAACGAGAGCGCCCUGAGCGUGGAGACGCUGCUGGACGUGCUGGUGUGUCUCUACACCGAGUGCAGCCACUCGGCUCUGCGCCGCGACAAGUAUGUGGCCGAGUUCCUCGAGUGGGCUAAACCAUUUACACAGCUGGUGAAGGAUAUGCAACUUCAUCGAGAGGACUUUGAAAUAAUCAAAGUAAUUGGAAGAGGUGCUUUUGGUGAGGUUGCUGUUGUCAAAAUGAAGAGCACCGAACGAAUUUAUGCAAUGAAAAUUCUCAACAAGUGGGAGAUGCUUAAGAGAGCAGAGACUGCUUGUUUCCGAGAAGAGCGAGACGUGCUAGUGAAUGGCGACUGCCAGUGGAUCACAGCACUGCACUAUGCCUUCCAGGAUGAGAACUACCUGUACUUGGUCAUGGAUUACUACGUGGGUGGUGAUUUGCUGACACUGCUCAGUAAAUUUGAAGACAAGCUUCCAGAAGACAUGGCAAAAUUCUACAUUGGCGAAAUGGUGUUGGCCAUUGACUCCAUCCAUCAGCUACACUACGUGCACAGAGAUAUUAAACCUGAUAAUGUCCUUUUGGAUGUGAAUGGUCAUAUCCGCCUGGCCGACUUUGGAUCGUGUUUGAAGAUGAAUGAUGAUGGAACUGUUCAGUCCUCUGUGGCUGUGGGCACACCUGACUACAUCUCACCGGAGAUCCUGCAGGCCAUGGAAGAUGGCAUGGGCAAAUAUGGGCCUGAAUGUGACUGGUGGUCCCUAGGCGUCUGCAUGUAUGAGAUGCUCUAUGGAGAAACGCCAUUUUAUGCAGAGUCACUGGUGGAGACCUACGGGAAGAUCAUGAACCAUGAAGAGCGAUUUCAGUUCCCUUCCCAUGUCACAGAUGUCUCUGAAGAAGCCAAAGACCUUAUUCAGAGAUUAAUCUGCAGCAGAGAACGCCGGCUAGGGCAGAAUGGAAUUGAAGACUUCAAAAAACAUGCAUUUUUUGAAGGUCUGAAUUGGGAAAAUAUACGAAACCUAGAAGCACCUUAUAUUCCUGAUGUGAGCAGUCCUUCUGACACAUCCAACUUCGACGUGGAUGAUGAUGUACUAAGAAAUAUUGAAAUAUUACCUCCUGGCUCUCACACGGGCUUCUCUGGAUUGCAUUUGCCUUUCAUCGGUUUCACGUUUACAACAGAAAGCUGUUUUUCUGACCGAGGCUCUCUGAAGAGCAUGAUGCAGUCUAACACACUAACCAAAGAUGAAGAUGUGCAGCGGGAUUUGGAGAACAGCUUACAGAUUGAAGCUUAUGAGAGAAGGAUACGAAGACUGGAGCAGGAGAAGCUGGAGCUGAGCCGGAAGCUGCAGGAGUCCACCCAGACUGUGCAGUCCCUUCAUGGUUCCACACGGACCUUAGGCAACUCAAACCGAGACAAAGAAAUCAAGAGGUUAAAUGAAGAAAUAGAACAUUUAAAGAAUAAAAUGGCAGAUUCAAACAAGCUCGAGCGACAGCUGGAGGAUACAGUAACACUUCGCCAGGAGCAUGAGGACUCCACACACCGGCUAAAGGGCCUAGAAAAACAGUACCGCCUGGUGCGUCAGGAGAAGGAGGACCUGCACAAGCAAUUGGUUGAAGCUUCGGAGCGAUUGAAAUCCCAGACCAAAGAACUCAAAGAUGCCCAUCAGCAGCGAAAGCGGGCCCUGCAGGAAUUCUCCGAGCUCAAUGAGCGCAUGGCAGAGCUCCGCUCCCAGAAGCAGAAGGUGUCCCGGCAGCUGCGGGACAAAGAGGAGGAGAUGGAGGUGGCCAUGCAGAAAAUUGACUCCAUGCGGCAGGAUAUCCGCAAAUCCGAGAAGUUCAGGAAGGAGCUGGAAGCUCAGCUGGAGGAUGCCAUGGCUGAGGCCUCAAAGGAGCGCAAGCUUCGUGAGCAUAGUGAGAGCUUCUGCAAGCAGAUGGAGAGCGAGCUUGAGGCCCUCAAGAUGAAGCAAGGAGGCCGGGGACCAGGUGCCACAUUAGAACACCAACAGGAGAUCUCCAAAAUAAAAUCAGAGCUUGAGAAAAAAGUCUUAUUCUAUGAGGAGGAGUUGGUCCGACGUGAGGCCUCCCAUGUGCUAGAAGUGAAAAAUGUGAAAAAGGAGGUGCAUGAUUCAGAAAGCCAUCAAUUGGCCCUGCAGAAGGAAAUCUUAAUGUUGAAAGAUAAAUUAGAAAAGUCAAAACGAGAACGGCACAAUGAGAUGGAGGAGGCAAUAGGGACGGUGAAAGACAAGUAUGAACGGGAAAGAGCAAUGCUAUUUGAUGAAAACAAGAAACUCACCGCUGAAAACGAAAAGCUUUGUUCCUUUGUGGAUAAACUCACAGCCCAAAAUAGACAGCUGGAGGAUGAGCUGCAGGACCUGGCAUCCAAGAAGGAGUCGGUGGCACACUGGGAAGCUCAGAUUGCAGAGAUCAUUCAGUGGGUCAGUGAUGAGAAAGAUGCCCGGGGUUACCUUCAAGCCCUUGCUUCUAAAAUGACUGAAGAGCUUGAAGCUUUGAGGAGUUCUAGUCUGGGAUCCAGAACACUGGAUCCACUUUGGAAAGUUCGCCGUAGUCAGAAGCUGGACAUGUCUGCACGGCUGGAGUUGCAGUCUGCUCUUGAGGCGGAGAUUCGCGCCAAACAGCUUGUUCAGGAGGAGCUGAGGAAGGUCAAAGACACAAACCUCUCCUUUGAAAGCAAACUAAAGGAUUCCGAAGCCAAAAACAGAGAAUUGUUAGAAGAAAUGGAAAUUCUGAAGAAAAAGAUGGAAGAAAAAUUUAGAACAGAUACUGGGCUCAAACUUCCAGAUUUCCAAGAUUCCAUCUUUGAGUAUUUCAACACUGCACCUCUUGCACAUGACCUAACAUUUAGAACCAGCUCAACUAGCGAUCAGGAAACACAGGCUCCAAAGCCAGAAGUGUCCCCACCAACUUCUGUGGCUGCAAGCACAGACCAGCAAGAGGACAUGGCUCGACCCCCACAGAGGCCACCUGCUGUGCCACUGCCCACCACUCAAGCCCUUGCCCUAGCUGGACCAAAGCCUAAAGCACACCAGUUCACCAUCAAGUCUUUCUCCAGCCCCACCCAGUGCAGCCACUGCACCUCCCUGAUGGUUGGACUGAUCCGACAGGGCUAUGCCUGUGAGGUGUGUGCAUUUGCCUGCCAUGUGUCCUGCAAAGACAGUGCUCCCCAGGUGUGCCCCAUUCCUCCUGAGCAGUUCAAGAGGCCUCUGGGCGUGGAUGUACAGAGAGGCAUAGGGACAGCCUACAAAGGUUAUGUCAAGGUUCCGAAGCCCACGGGAGUGAAAAAAGGGUGGCAGAGGGCUUAUGCAGUGGUCUGUGACUGCAAGCUCUUCCUGUACGACCUGCCCGAAGGAAAGGCCACCCAGCCUGGUGUUGUGGCCAGCCAAGUCUUGGACCUGAGAGAUGAAGAGUUUUCGGUGAGCUCAGUCCUGGCCUCAGAUGUCAUCCAUGCAACACGCCGAGACAUCCCAUGUAUAUUUAGGGUGACGUCCUCUCUCUUAGGUGCACCGUCCAAGACCAGCUCGUUGCUCAUCCUGACAGAAAAUGAGAAUGAAAAGAGGAAGUGGGUGGGGAUUCUGGAAGGUCUCCAGGCCAUCCUCCACAAGAACCGGCUGAGGAACCAGGUCGUGCACAUCCCACGGGAGGCCUAUGAUAGCACACUGCCGCUCAUCAAGGCUGUCCUCGCCGCUGCCAUCGUGGAUGGAGACAGGAUUGCCGUUGGCCUGGAAGAAGGGCUCUACGUCAUAGAGCUCACCCGAGAUGUGAUUGUCCGCGCUGCCGACUGUAAGAAAGUGUACCAGAUUGAGCCUGCACCCAAGGAGAAAAUCAUUGUCCUUCUCUGUGGCCGGAACCACCAUGUGCACCUCUAUCCGUGGUCUUCCUUUGAUGGAGCAGAAGGCAACUUUGAUAUCAAGCUUCCAGAAACAAAAGGCUGCCAGCUCAUAAUGACUGCGACGCUGAGGAAGAGCUCAUCUACCUGCCUGUUCGUUGCAGUGAAGCGACUGAUUCUCUGCUAUGAGAUACAGAGAACUAAGCCUUUCCACAGAAAGCUCAGUGAGAUGGUGGCUCCGGGGCACGUGCAGUGGAUGGCCGUGUUCCAGGACAGGCUCUGUGUUGGCUACCCUUCUGGGUUCUCUCUGUUGAGCAUCCAGGGGGACGGGCAGUCUCUCGACCUGGUAAAUCCCACUGACCCCUCGCUUGCGUUCCUCUCACAGCAGUCUUUCGAUGCCCUUUGUGCUGUGGAGCUCAAAAGCGAGGAGUACCUGCUUUGCUUCAGCCACAUGGGACUGUACGUGGACCCUCAAGGCCGGAGGUCACGCAUGCAGGAGCUCAUGUGGCCUGCGGCUCCUGUCGCCUGUAGUUGCAGCCCCACCCAUGUCACGGUGUACAGCGAGUAUGGCGUUGAUGUCUUUGAUGUGCGCACCAUGGAGUGGGUGCAGACCAUCGGCCUGCGGAGGAUAAGACCACUGAACUCUGAUGGCAGUCUCAACCUGCUUGGCUGUGAGCCUCCGCGCCUCAUAUACUUUAAGAGCAAGUUCUCAGGAGCCAUCCUCAACGUGCCCGACACCUCCGACAGCAGCAAGAAGCAGAUGCUCCGGACACGGAGCAAACGGCGCUUUGUCUUCAAGGUUCCAGAGGAAGAGAGGCUGCAGCAGCGGCGAGAGAUGCUCAGAGAUCCAGAAUUGAGAUCCAAAAUGAUAUCCAAUCCGACCAACUUUAACCACGUGGCCCACAUGGGUCCUGGCGACGGGAUGCAGGUGCUCAUGGACCUGCCUCUGAGUGCAGCGCCCCCCACCCAGGAAGAGAGGUCUGGCCCCACCCCUGCGGGCCUGGCCCGGCAGCCCCCGUCCAGGAGCAAACCCUACAUCUCGUGGCCCUCAUCAGGAGCGUCAGAACCAGGAGUGACCAUGCCUCUGAGGAGCAUGUCUGACCCUGACCAGGAUCUUGACAGAGAGCCUGACUCUGACUCCACCAAACACUCAACUCCUUCGAACAGCUCUAACCCCAGUGGCCCGCCAAGCCCCAACUCGCCCCACCGGAGCCAGCUUCCCCUUGAAGGCCUGGAGCAGCCAGCCUGUGAUUCCUGAGGCCACCAGAGCACGACCAUGGGGCCAAGGAGCCGGGGAGGCCCCACCAUCAGUGCCAAGACUGAGCUGACCCUCCAGUGUUGUGCAAGGAUAUGUAGAAUCAGUUUGUAGAUAUGGAGAUAAAAAAAAAUCUUUAUUAUAAUUAUGAUCAGUUUUAUGCCAUGUUGUUUGUGGCAGUAGACCGGAUCUGUUUGUCUGCACAGCCGUGAGGCGACACUGUUCCGUUUGCACAUGAAGGACCACCACACACCUCUCUCCCUCCCAGAACCACCAGGGAAGGUACGUGGGGCUCUGCCGACCAGAUCCUGACCAUGCCGUGAGCACUCAGCCUGCUGAGGAAGCGGACAGCUCGGCUCGGCUCGGCCUCCGUACCUAGUCUUUCCCCUAUUUCCUUAGAAGCAUAGGAAGUUAUGUAUUAUGCCCAGUGUCACUGAGACAGCGAGGACAGGAGAGUGGAGUUAGUUUAUGGUCUUCUCUUCAUUCAGCCAUUGCAUGGUCAGCUGCAGAAGUGCUGACCCCCAGAUGUGGACAGAGCCCCGGGACAUCACUGUGUCCUGUGUGUUAGUCCAUGCUGGGCCACAGCCAUGAGGUGUCCCCAGCCCCCCCCCCUGCUGUGAAGGCAGCUGUGUUCUGACUCCAUGUGCUCCCGUGGCAUUUUCCACCUGGGGGAGCCACACAGCAGGCGCUGGGGCACUUCCCCACCUUCCCUUCCCCGCAUGGAGCCCCGUGAUUAGUAGCUGUCGAUCAUGUAGAGACACCAACACACUCCUGCACACUGGCCCUGCCCCGUGGCGUGGUGACGUCUGCGUGUGCAUUUAAUCUCACCCCUGCUCACAUUCUCCGUUGAGUGAGCAAGUCUGUUGUGGCCCUGUCUCAUUAAAGGCUUGUGAUUAACUGUGGCAGCAGACGCACUUGUCCUCUGCUCAGGAUGGGCUUCCCGUGCACGUGGUGAGCGGCACUGAGGGAUGUGGCGAUGCCGGCUGUGCCCGCGCACGCCACACCAGCUCCUGCCUGCCCCACCUACCCUCCUGGGCCUUGUGCCGGGGCAGGCACCUGCUGGAGGUUCUGGUUUUUACUUUUUUAAUGUAAGUCUAAGUCUUUGUAAUUAUUGAAUCGUGAGAACAUUUUUGAACAAUUUACCUGUCAAUAAAGCAGAAGACAGCAGUUUUAAAGUUUUCAGUGAUUUGUCUGGAUGUGAUGGUGUUGCCCUGAGUGUGCCUGGCUCCUCCAGGAGGGCCCAUGUUCAUAUGGAGAACUGCCCUGGGAUUUUAUUAUCCAACAGGGUGGGGUUGCUAGGUGGCACAAAACCCAGGUGCUGUCCCCCUGUGGACCAGGCAGUGACUGCCUGGGUAUAGGAAAUCACAGGCCUAUGCUUUUGAGGAGGUGAGAGAGGCACCUGUGCACUUGAUUAACCUUGCUCUCCUGACCUGCUCAGUACAGGCAGCAGAAGGCAGUUCUGCCUACGCCUGACUUAGAUACGGGGAGUGAACUGUAUCCAUAAGCAGACACACCGUUAUCUUAAAUCAUUGGUGAGAGUGGGGGUUUUAUGAUUCCUUUCCUCCAAGGGAAAAUGGAGUCUUGUAACCUGAAG